CCUUACAUUUUAUUUGUUGUAUAGUUUAUUUUAUUUUUUUAUUUUAUAUUAUUUGAAAAAUCUGAACAUGUUUAUGUAGCUACCAUAUUGAACUUUCUGAAUAACGUAUAUAAAUAUAAAGUUAGUAAUUAUUAAUGUAAGUUAGUGAGGACUCUACAUACUCCAUGCAGCAGGGGGCGGUAUUCACACUCAAAGUUAGUUGAAGAAGACGUUGGAUGCGCGCGCAGACACGGGGCAGAAAACCAGUGAAAGCAGAGAGAGGCUAUGGAUGUACUGAGAGAAGCAGACUGUUGAAGAUUACCAGAGGACAACAUGACACGAAGCUGCUGUGCUGUAAACUGCUCCAAUCGGACCAGUGAUGGAUGGAAGAUGUUCAACAUCCCGAGAGGGAAACAUCCCUUCCAGCAGAGGAGGAGAAAGCUGUGGCUGGAGGCCGUCAACAGACCGGACUGGGGUUCUGGAGGAUCCUGCAGAGCUGAGAGUCUGUGCAGUGCACAUUUCAUCUCAGGAGAGCCAUCGAUGGACUGUGACAGCCCGGAUUUUGUACCUUCUAUUUUUAACCAUAACAUGCAGAAGAAGACCACAUGUGGAGCUGAAAGGAAGGAUAAACCAGAGGGAGGCAGGAAGAGGAAGCAUUCUGGAGACACUGAAGCCGUUCAGACCUCAUCCUUUGAGUUUACUACAACAGACGAGUGUGACCUGGUGCCACGGAAACAGAUGGACGCGCUCAUCCUGCAAUACAACCAGCUAUUUAAUAAGUACGAAGCUCUGAAACAAGAACUGAAGGAAACACAGGAAGAAAACGGACGACUGAAGCAGCGACGACAGAGAGCAACGUUUGGGUUUCAUUCUAUUAAGGAUGAAGACUCCAGAGUUCACUUCUAUACAGGACUGCUGUCUUUGCAAGUGUUCAUUUGGCUGUUAAAUAGUGUUAAAGGAAGUGCUGUUGUUCUGAGGGACGAGCUGAGCUGGGAAGACCACCUGCUUUUGGUUCUCGUGAAGGUCAAACACGGAUUCACUAACAGAUACAUCGCCGAGAAAUUUGGAGUGUCGUUCUUCGCUGCUUCAAAGAUCGUCAGAGAGUGGAUACCCGUGUUGUCUUCUAUACUGCGUCCUCUUAUGAUCUGGCCCUGCAGGGAAACAGCUAGAGCUAGUUUACCAAAGUGUUUUAAAGCCAAGUAUCUGGACUGUCGGUGUGUCGUCGACUGUACUGAAAUCCUGAUAGAGAGAACCUCAAACCUAAUAGCACGAGCUGAAACCUGGUCGCGUCACAAAAACCAAAACAUUAUGAAGUAUCUAAUCGGGAUAACACCGGCGGGGGCGGUUUGCUUCCUAUCGGACGGGUUUGGAGGCCGCGUCUCCGACAAGAUGAUGGCAUCAGAGUCGGGCUUUUUAGGAAAGCUUGAACACGGCGACGUGGUUCUCGCCGACAGGAGGUUUCUCCUGAGAGAAGAAUUGGCGAGUGUCGGAGCAACAUUAAAGAUCCCACGCUUGACUAAAGAAAAGUCUCACAGGCGCGGCGACUCCUGUCGGCCGGCGAGAGUCCGCGUUCGCGUGGAGCGAGUGAUCGGUCGCUUUAAAACCUUUCAGAUACUCAACACUGUGAUCCCCCUCAGCCAGAUAGACCUCCUGGAUGACAUCGUCACACUGUGUGCAGGUCUCACCCACAUUAAGGCCUGUAUUCCAGUGAUUGUAAAAGAAGAAAUGGAGGACACGUGAUCAAUAUUGACGGGAAGACACAAGGAGAAGAAUCUUCUCAGGACAGUUCUGGACACUUUUCUCUCUGUGUACAGAGCUGUAUGUUUGUGUUCAUUGUAGGGCUGCAACUAACCAUUAUUUUUAAUGUCAAUUAACUUGUUGAUUAUUUUAUUGAUAAAUUAAUUGUUUUGUCC